AUGGGAAGUGCAGCUCCUGCGACAUUGCGAGUGGCGGUGGCCCAAUAUGAACCAGAAUGGCUCGACCUGCCAGGGUCAGUCGCGAAAACAUGUUCCAUCAUCACCGAAGCUGCAAAGAAAGGUGCAAAAGUCGUGGGGUUCUCAGAGGCAUUCAUUCCUGGCUAUCCGGCGUGGAUAUGGCAUAGACCGGUGGAUCCGGUCCUGGCGACAAAGUACAUCCAGAACUCCCUGGCGGUGGACUCUGAUGAGAUGCGCACGAUCCAAAACUGUGCGGCGAAGAACGGCAUCGUCGUGGCUUUGGGAUUUUCCGAGAACGACAACAACUCCGUCUACAUUGCCCAGGCGAUCAUCGAUUCGGACGGUAAAAUGCUGAUGCAUCGACGAAAACUGAAGCCGACGCACAUGGAGCGCACCAUCUUUGGCGAUGCAUCCGGAAACAGUCUGAUGAAUGUGGUGGCCACCAAGAUCGGGAAGCGAGUAGGCAGCUUGGCCUGCUGGGAGCACUGUCAACCGUUGUUAAAGUACCAUACCGCGACGCAGCGCGAGGAUAUCCAUGUCGCAGGGUGGCCGCCGUUGAGUCCGCACGCAGGGCCGGAGCUGUGGUCCAUGUCAAAGGAAGGCUGUCAAAAUCUCUCCCAAACAUACGCCAUCGAGACGCAGACGUUCGUCCUCCACGCGACCACCGUGAUUGGACUCAAGGGCAUCGAGCUCAUGGGCACGGGCCAGGCCAUGCUCAUGAAUACCCCUGGAGGAGGCUACUCCUGCGUCAUUGGACCCGACGGCCGCAUGCUCUCGGAGCCGCUCGAGGCCAAGUCUGAAGGCCUGAUCAUCGCCGACAUCGACCCCAGCAUGGCAAUCAUGGCGCGCAGUUUCCUGGACAUCUGUGGCCACUACAGUCGGCCGGAUCUGUUGUGGUUGGGCUGCGAUACACGGGAGAGGAGGCACAAAGUUGACACACCCCGACCGGGGGCGGAGGAGAAGGUGGUGGGGGAGAAUGAGUGA